AUGUCUACUGAGGAUCAUCCACAAAGGCCAGAAAGGGCCACAGAGACUACCUCGAAGAGCGAUGACGUUGAUGAAGAUGAGGUUGCCCAAGACUGGUCUCACGCUGCCAAACUCUCGGCUAAAUCUAUGGCUUCCUCUAUCCCGAAGAGAGGAGAGAAGGAUUAUGAACCAGAUGGCACCAAUUUGCAGGAAUUGUUACUUUACAGAGCAAGGGAAGCUAUGUUCGACACUUUGGCCAAUUCGCCCAGAGGGUCGGUAGUGAGCAAUCAAGUGAAAGCAUACUACGAUCAAGACUAUCAUGGUGCUGUGAUUCCGCAUGCGAAGGGAAAUUUUCUGCAGACCAUGGGAAACGUUGAUGAAAAGGGACGGUGUUGGUUGAAGUUCCACGAGUUCGUUUAUCUGGCUGAGAGAGGCACAGUUCUUCCCUUCUACUGCAACCAGCGACCGGAAAAACAAGCGGGAAGGUUUGUAGAGGUUCCUCUGAGUAUGCAGGAUGUCUACUCUCUCUUCAGGAGUCAGGCAGAGAUGGAUUUGUAUUUUGUGUUUGCUCACCUGAAAAGACUUGGCUUCAUCGUAACUACAUUGGACAAGAAACGGUCUGCGACGGCAUCUUUCUAUUUAGAAGAUGAUCCUAAUCGUCGAACGGUCGGCGCCAUAUGGGGUAGUAUGUUUGCUUUCCUGAAGCUGGAGACCAACUCUUUGAUGAACGUAUUCUUUUAUUCAUCCUGGAACUUCUUACUGCGAAGGUACACAUCAAGCCCACAAAUCUAUAAAGAUCUGAAAAGACUGGUACCGCACCGAGUACCGCCAAAGACUAUAGAAGCUCUACGUAUGGAAAGAGCACGCCUACAAGCAAAUCGCUCAAAAGAGAGGUUUCCCAUCGCAUUCAAUGUCUGGAAGCCCCAGACAAGGUUUAGAAAGAAAAGCCCUGGUCUGCCUGAUUUCCAGGUAGUUAUACACAGCAAAAACGAUGCCGCACAGACAUUUCCUUCUUACGUUGACCUGCAGGAGAUUUUUUACUCCCUCGAUUACAAAUUUGAAUUUCUCUCAGAAACUGAUGAUGAGGAGUUUUGGAUUAAUAACACCUUCAUAGGAGGAAGACCUGCAAACAUUCCAAAACCAAAACAGGGCCAAACCGACGAAUGCAACUCAUCGAAAAAAGGUGGAAAGAAGGAUGUAGCAGCACAUGUAAAGCAAGCCCGUCGUCUGAAAAAUGGCUAUCGGAGCUUUCUGCUUGCCAUCAUCGACGAUGGAUUGAUCAGUUUCGUCAAAAUAUCCGAAGCAGACUUCGGAUCGGAGGACGUUUGGUUCAUCCCAUACAAGAGACCUAGGGAUAGGAAGGAGGUCAAUAAAUCCAAAGACUCUUUUGGCAACAAAGGCAUUCAUACAACCUCGUUGAAAUAA